GGCAUCCGCGAGGAGAGCCAUGGGUCAAGCUGCCAAGGUUUUGCAGUUCUUUAAAACACUGCACAGGACCAGAAAACAAGUUUUUAAAAAUGAUACCAGAGAAUUAGAAGCAGCCAGAAUAAAGAUAAAUGAAGAAUUCAAAAGCAAUAAAAGUGAAACUUCUCCUCAGAAAAUAGAAGAGCUAAUUAAAAUAGAUUCCGAUGUUGAAUUGUUAUUCCAAACACCUGUUAUACAAGGUAUUCACGCAAACCACAGUACACUGAAAUUGAUACCAAGGAAAGACCUUCUUAUAGAAAAUGUGCUAUAUUGUGACUCACCAAUUCAGAAACAAUGAAUUUCUAGGAUAAAAGCAAGUCUUUGCACUUUUUAAUUUUAAAAUAU